UAAUAAUAAUCGCAUACUCUCAACUAACCGGGUUCCAAGGUUAUAAAAGAAAUCAACAUUUUUUUUAUAAAAAUAAUAAUUAUUAUCAAAUAAGAAAAUUGUUAUUUAUAAGAAAAAUACACCAAAAUUAUUAUUUAAAAGUUAAUAGUAAUUUAAAAAAAAAAACCAGUUAAUUUCAGACAUUUAUAUUCUGAUAAUAAAAAAAAAUAUAUAUAUUUCUUAUCAGAAAAGGUUGACCGGUAAAAAGUGAUAAGUGAACAUUCCAUAUAUUAAAAAUAAUUUUAAAAAAUAGACUUCCAAAGUUUUUUCCCUACAAAAUGCAAAAUGUAUUACAUUCCAUUUUUAAAAUAUUAAUUAUUAUUAUUGGUUUACAAUUUACGAUCGCUGAAGAUUGCAAAGGAUGUGUACCAUUAGAUUCAAGUUCAUUCGAUAAGAUAAUUACUAAAUUUAAAGUUGCUGCUGUCAAAUUUGAUGUUGCAUUUCCUUACGGUGAAAAACAUGAGGAAUAUGGAAAAGUUGCAGAGGCAACAAAAAAUUCACCCGAUAUUUUAAUAGCCGAAGUUGGAAUAAAAGAUUUUGGCAAUAAAGAUAAUACAGAUCUUGCUGAUCGUUUUAAAAUUAAAAAAGAAGAAUAUCCAGCUAUAUUACUUUUUAUACAUGGCAAAAAGGAACCAUAUAAAUUUGUCACCGAAGUUGACGAUCAAUUUACAUCAGAAAAUAUUAAACGAUUUAUUAAAUCAAAAUCAGGAAUAUACAUUGGUUUACCAGGAUGUAUAGAAAAAUUGGAUAAACUCGCCGAGGAAUUUAAAUCAGCCAACGAAAAGGAUAGACAGGAAAUUCUAAGUAAGGCGAAAAUAUACGAGGAAACAUUAUCAGAAGCACAAAGAACAGCAGCAAAAGUUUAUAUAAAAACAAUGGAAAGAAUUAUGAAUCGUGGUAAUGUAUUUGUACAAACAGAACAAACAAGACUUGAUGGUUUAUUAAAAGGAAAACUAUCAAAGGAAAAGAAACGUUCAAUGGAGGAGAGAAAAAAUAUAUUGCAAUCAUUUUCUCAUAAAGACGAAUUAUAAUCAUCUUUAUAAUGAAAAAUUUAUAUAUGAAAAAAAGCAAAUAUCAUGGAAAUUCAAGCGACAAAAUGUAGAAUAAGAUUUACAAAAAAAAAAUAAUCUACAAAAAUUUUUGUAAUAAAAGUAAAUUGAAGAACAUUACUUUUGCACAAAAAAAAAAUUUUGUAUAAUAAUAUACAUAUAGUCAAAUAA